UGGUCCCCAAAAUCCCUAGUACACAGUCGACCGUUGUUCUUGCCGCAAGAGAGAGAGAGUGAAUAGUGAAGCAAAAGAAUGGUGUUUUUGCAUAAUGAAGCUCCUGAUGCAACUCUAGAAGACGAAAACAGCGAUUCCCAAGACGAAAUGGAAGAAUCCCAGGAGAAGGAGAAGGGUUCUAAUGUAUACGAAAAGCUAAGAGAAUCAAGGAUCAAGGAGAAUCAGGAGAGAAUGCAGAAUCUCGGUCUUUUCGACCUCUCUCUGAAGAUGAAAUCUGUCAAGCCUACACGGAAUAACAACUUCUCUGCUCAUAAAAAAUCUCCUUCUCUUCCUUUCGUGCCAUCGACUGAACCCCGUCGCCGCUCUUCCAGGUUGCAAAAUUCAAGUCCUGUCAGUUAUUGCGAAAUAAAAGUCCCAAAGGAGAAAAAUCUGAGAAAUGAAAUCGAUUUGAUGAGAAGGGAGGGUGUAAGACCAGAGAUAUACACUGAAGAACAUGAGAAGUUGUUGGGUAACACUGAGAAAGUUUGGACCCUGUUUGUAGAUGGAGUUGGACAUGAUGGCAAAAAAAUGUAUGAUUCUGUCAAAGGAAAGACUUGUCAUCAAUGCAGGCAAAAGACACUCGGUCUUCGUACACAUUGCAUUCACUGUGAAUUGGUCCAAGGGCAGUUUUGUGGAGAUUGUCUGUAUAUGCGGUAUGGGGAGCAUGUUCUUGAAGCAAACCAGGACCCAAACUGGAAGUGCCCUGUAUGUCGAGGAAUUUGCAACUGUAGUUUAUGCAGGCAAGCAAAAGGCUGGGCUCCCACAGGCGCUCUUUAUAGGAAGAUUUCAAACCUGGGAUUCAAGUCAGUGGCCCAUUAUCUAGUUCAGACUUACCGAACUCAGACUGAAGUUGAAGCUCCCAAAACUGAGGACCUUGCCAUUAUUCCAUUUGAAUCCACCCCCGAAACUGAAGACAACAAUGUGAUCAACAGGAAGCAAGAGAUGAAAGACCAAAGUCCUCUCAUGAUAGAAUAUGUUUUGAAAACUGAUGGUGUUGAAUUUGAAGCAGGGGAAGGAAUUCUUGAUGACAAUAAUCUUGGUGUAGUGCUUCCUGCUGCUGCUACUGCUACUGCAGGAAAAAAGGCAAAGAAGAAGAGGGCUUUAGACAACAAUGGGAUCAACAGGAAGCAACAGAUGAAAGAGCAAAGUCCUAUCAUUGUAGACUACGUUCUGAAAACUGAUGAUGCUGAAUUUGAAACAGGGGAAGGAAUUCUUGAUGACAAUAAUCUUGUUGUAGCGCUUACUGCUGCUGCUGCUGCUACUGCUAGUGCAGGGAAAAGGGCAAAGAAGAAGAGGCCUUUAGACCUGGAGUGUAGUAGUAUUGGAAGCAGAUUGAAACUCAGGCGUCGAGGAGCUGUUCUUGGAUGUUAAAUGGUUUGGAUGUUGAAUGUGGUUUAAGAACAAACAAAAUAUGUUUUGGCUUUUGGUUUUUGGUUCUUUAGCGGCAGCUGAUAUUUGGGUUAAGGUUUAUGGAAAUACACUGACAGCCUAUGUUGUAACUCUUAAUGCAAACAUCAUAGUUUAUGGUGAUUGCAUUCUUUGUCUUUGGCUGUCAUUGUCGGCAUUUUAAUCUCUUGUUUACAUUUUCA